CGGUACGCGUGACGAAAUGAAAUAAAAAUCGAAGUGUACAAAGUGUAUCUGUGUUGUGCGUUCUGUAAUGGUGUGAGUGAGUGUACGUACAAAAAUGUCGUCGAAAAUUUUGGCAGUUCUGCUGAUCGUCGUCUGUCAGACCGCACUCGCUGAAAGAGAUCACGCAUCGGCACUCGUUGGUAACACAGCGCGGUUGAGAUGCCGAAUAGAUGGCAAAUCUUGCGGCGAGAUGCACAGCAUCAAAUGGUACAAGGCUGAUACGAGAGUGUACGUGUACUCAGCCUCUAAAGACGCAGCUAUCAACCGACCUGAAGGAGACAUGAUGGACAGAAUGUCAAUAUCACACGAAACGAACGCGACGUAUGCGGAGCUGGUGAUCACCAACGUUCAGCCUGACGAUGAAGGCGUCUACCGCUGCGAGAUCACCUACCUUCAAGUUGGCGAAGACUGCAACACUGUUCAAGUUACUGAUUUCCACACAUACAUUAAACCUAAAUCCGUGGAAAUCAGAACUGGCGACGGUCUGGUGCUAUCUGAAGGCGCAGUCUUCGGACCUCUGCUAGAGAGGACGAAGGUCAAUAUCACUUGCUUGGUGUUGGGUGGGAAACCACAGCCGAAGGUCACUUGGUACUUCAAUGGAAAGGAAAAAAUGGAUGCUCGUACAAUUACCGACCAAUCGUCACUACAACACGUCCUGCCGCUCACUGUCACACGGACGGAGCUGGCCGGGCAGCUGGUAUGCAACGUGUCUUCGGCCGCCCUUGACAAACCUAUCUUACGACGAGUGAAGUUGGAUGUCAAAGUUCCACCAAACAAAAUCGCCAUAUCCGGGAUCAAGGACCACGCGACGCAAGGUACGCUGCUGACACUAAUGUGCAAGGUAUCUGGCGCCCGACCAGCAGCCACCAUCGAAUGGUUCAACGGCACGCAGAAACUUACUCCUGAGAACCGAAAUAUUCAGCAAAAGGAGUACGAAUCGAGCGACACGACUUUCGAAACGCAAUCGAAUCUAACAUUUGAAGCGACGCGUUACGAAAAUGGAAGAAAAUUUAUCUGCAAGGCGGUGAACGACGUCAUGCUGGAGACGAAGGAUCACCCCAUACACGCCACACUUGAACUGGAGAUCUGGUACCCACCAAUCGUUCACGUCGGUCCACCAAACGUCACAGUGGUUGAGGGUCAGAAGAUCCUUCUCAAGAGUGAAUACGAGAGCAACCCGUCAUCACUUACUGAAGUUGUAUGGUUCAAAGAUGGUAAAAAAGUGAACGUCACCAAUUCUCACUACCAGGGCGGUACCAUCGACCAACAUUCCCUGAUCAUCCUGGACGCCACUGGAGAAGACAUGGGCAACUACACGGUACUACUUUCCAACACAGUUGGGAACGGAACGACUAAUGAAACUAUUAGUGUCAAUGUGUAUUACAAGCCGGUCGUCAAGCUGACGAUGAGUGCAGUAAGCCCAGUGCUUGAAACAGAACAUCGUAACGUGACGCUGACGUGCGAGGUGACGGCCGGUAACCCUCCCUUACUCGAUGAGGUCGUGUGGUAUCUCGAUGGAGAAUUACUCAAGCAUCUGCCCGAGUGCAAUGGAACUGAUGAUACUCUCUGCAACGAAGUAGACCCAUCGAUGCUCCUCCUGCAAGACACUACGAAGAGCUUCCACGGGAACUACUCGUGUAAAGGGAAGAACUACGCCGGCUGGGGGAACGAAAGCGAGAAGACAGAGCUAGUUGUUAAUUACCCUCCAGGACCAGCAAAAUUAACUUACUCACCGUGGCGAGUGAUCAAGGGCAAGUCUCUUGUACUCAGCUGUAGUAUACAAGAGAAGGGACGACCGGAGACGCACAGGUUCCGCUGGACGCGCGGCGGGCGCGCGGUGAGCGACAUCGUGUCCGCCAACUGGACCAUCGACCCCGUCACGCUCGACCACCGCACCACCUUCACGUGCCGCGGCAUCAGCGCCGGCGGGGACGGACCGCCCGCCAGCGUCGCCGUCGACGUGCUCGCUCCACCAAGUUUCAAAUACGCAAUGAAUCACUACAGCGGUGCCUUGUAUAAAUCACAGAAUAUAUCACUAUCAUGUACAGUAGAAUGUGCACCAUUGUGCACAGUGGAAUGGCUCAAGGAUGGACAGCGUAUCGAUCCUGAAAAGACAGACAAAUAUUAUGUCGUCGAGAGGAAGAUAGAGCCCCAAGUUAAUAGGAACGACUUUGAAGCUACUGAGUCUACUUUGCACUGGAACAUGUCCGCGUGGGCGGGCGGCGUGCUGUCGCGCGGAGACUCUGCGCGCUACACGUGCCGCUCGUCGCGCAACGACGCCGGCCCGCCCGUCGCCUCCACCACCAAGUUCGCCGUCGAGUAUGAACCUGAAAACAUAACAGUAACGCCAAGCGUCGUGUCUGUUAUUGAAAAUGAAAUACCAGCUAAAGUUGUCUGCUCGGCAAACGGCUUCCCGAUGCCGAGCUACUCGUGGCGGCGCGAGGGCGCCACCAAGAGCGCGGCGCGCGCGCACGGCGACAGCCCGCUGGCGCUGUCGUCCUCCAACACGCUGCUGCUCGGGCGCGCGGCGCGCUCGCACGCGGGCCGCUACGUGUGCGAGGCGUACAACCGGCACGGGGCCGUCAACACCACCGUGCUGCUGGACGUCAUGUUUAUACCGGAAUGUGGAAUAAAGCAAGUUGAAAUGGAAGGCGACCAAGUUUUGGUAUGCACCGCGUACGCCAACCCAUCUGAGGUGUCGUUCUCGUGGCGCCUAAAGAACGACAAUGACAGCCUGACGGACGAGCGUGUGUGGCAGAGCGGCGCGCACAGCUUCCUACGGCUUGCGAACGCGGCACGCGCGCGCACCUACCUGUGCGUCGCCAAUAACAGCGUGGGCGCUUCACGGCCCUGCGAGCGGGACGUCAUGGGUACUAAAGUAUGGUGGCGUGAUCAACAAAAACUAAUGUUGAUCGGAGGAAUCGUUCUUGCUGUUCUAGUCAUCACCGUCAUACUUUGCAUUAUUAUCAUCUGCAUUUGCAGACGAAUGCGAGCGAAGUCUAAAUACAAUAAUCCAGUCGAACUUGAGGAGAGAGAAAAUCCGGAUGGUAGCUGUCUAAACGAAGUGUCUAUAGCUCAAUCUAUUAUAUCGCAAGCUUUACCCGCUUUAUCGCCCCGUUUAAAUUUAUCAUUCAGUCCGAAAUCACCAGAUAGAACUAGACUAGUUGAAUCACAGAGCUACCCUCAUAACAUAGAAAUGACAAUCAACGAGAGAUCAACAAGUAACUUGCAAGCUAGUAACUUACAACCAGAAGCAAAUAACGCUAACACACAAGCUAAUAAUGAAAUUGAAAAUUCAGAAAAUCAAAAAUCUGAACCUAAAGUUGAUACAAAUAAAGUUCAAACAGUAGUGACGCCGAAUAAAUGGCCAUUAAAACCAGGAGUUUUAGUACAUGUCAAUUCUAAUCAUACGCUUAGUCCUAAAAAUCAAGCAAGAUUACAAAAUAGAGUUCAAAAUGAAAAUAACAAUGAAAAUAACUUGGGGUUGUUAGAAAGACCAAGAAAUGAAGAUAAUAGAACACCACCUAAAAUCGACUAUUCCAAAAAGGCUGGUAAACCUAGAAAAAAUACACAAAAUGUUGUGACAGGAAUUCUAAAGAACUUAAGACGCAAAAGUGACUCUUCUGAUGAUGAUAGUGGGAAGUAUAAAAAAAUAAAUAAAUCCAAUAAAAGAGCCGUAUCAUUAGUGACUUUAAACAAGAGCUAUGGACCUAAAAGAAGUAUCAGAUCUUUUUUUCAAAGCGAAAGACCAAACGUCAUUGUCACUGAAGGAGUUGUAUCGUUUAAAAGACCUGAUAGAAUAUGCACAACGAAUGGUAAAAUUGAACCGAUCAAAGAACAGCAGAGGCAAACAAGAAAACGAAAGAAACCAGGUGACAGCCCACCUACGAAUGGCGUAGAUAAUGCAGCGAACGGCAACUUAGGAACGGACAACCCAGGACUCUACGAGAACCUGCCGUUCCACGGUCUCCAACAACCUCCAAACAAACCUGUGCAAGCGAUACAACCUAGAGUUGUAGAUACUAACCAAAAAAAUACGAAAGGUAUUGAAGCCUUACAAAAGCAAUUGACUACGAAUCCAUCGUUCACGCCAAGAGUUGUCUGUCCGCCGUUUGUCCAGAAUUCAAUUAAUUUUCCGAUAUCACCUAUAGCCCCUUCAACUCCACAAUAUCAAGCUUAUGGAAUACCAGUAUUAUCUCCAAUACAGCAAAUGUAUCCUUUACAUCAAACAGUUUUAUUGAAUCCAUAUUUAUCACCAAUGCCGACAUCUUAUUUAAAGCAAUUCCCACCUAUAACUGAAGAAACGGAUGAACAAAGUAAUAAGAAAUUCAGUUCAUUGAAUACUAGGAAUAUGAAGUCAAAGCCUAAAUUUCAAUCAAUGAGAAUCGUAAGGAAAAGAAAUAUCGAAAGAUUUUAUCCUAAUACUGAAUAUGGAGAAAAUUUUGUUGAAAUUAAUAAUAAUAAAAACAAUUCAGAUUCAGAUAACGAUAAGAGAGAUUCUGAAGAUAACAUUUACGAAAAUUUUCCACCAGUCCUUAAAAUCAAUUCUAAUAUAAGUGGCGUAGAGCACUUUGAAAAUUUAACCGAUUCUAUACAAAUUUGCGAAGAGAGUAGCAAUCAAAUAAAAGCUUCAACAUCUUCAUUGAAUAGGCCAGUACCGGCUCCAAGAACUAAACUAUCACCGCUAACAUCGCCAUCAAAAUCUGAUCACGUGUACGUAAAUCUAUCAAUGCCGUUGAUAAAAAUGAAUCCAAGAUCAUUUGACACAGUCGAUGCUCCUGUAAGACCAUCAAAAUCAGAAGAAAACAUAUCAAAGUCAAGAAUCCAAAGAAAUGAAACUAGUAAUAUUUUAAGUGUGCCAAAAAGAACGAUAAGUCUCAAAGAUGUAUCAGACAACAAUUCUGUUGAAGAACAACAAGAAAAAGAUGACGAGAGAAAUACUACGAAGCCCAAUAUAAUUGGAGCUACACCUAAAAGAACUACACCCAUAAUGUUACCGUCUACGUCGUUAGUUAAGUCAGUUGUGAAUCAGUUAAAUGACCAAGGUUUGAACAAAGUCAAACCAACAAAAAAACAAGUGAUAGUUCCAAAUAAAACAUUACAAAUACCAAAAUUGUCAGAAAAACCAAUACCAAAAAGAACAAUAGUUCAACGUAGUAAUUCUGUACAAAUUAGUUUACCUAAUGAUAGUGAGAUCGUUCAGAAUACUAAUAUACUACAGCAGCAAUAUCUCCAAAAACGAAAUCAUUUCACGAAUCUUAGUUCGAAAGGAAAAAAUAAGAAAAAUUUUCAAAUACCAUUGCAAAAACACCACAGCUUCUGCUACUUUCAACCGAUAAGGGUAGAUAAGAGAAUUCCUGUAGAUCAAGAGCGUUCCUACAACAACACGAUAGGUCCAAUGAUAUACCAGCCACCAGAGACACAAUACUACACAAAAACAUUAAACCGAACACGAGAAAAACACAGUCAGAAAUUGAAUCGAUUAAAGAAAUCCGAAAGCCUAAGGGAAAAACUAUCAUGCGUAGGAGUAUACGAUAACUACGAGAAACCCAACUACCCGGAACCAGAAUAUAACGAUUCAGAAAGGAAAUCCUACUUGCAACUACUCAAAGGAAACUACAUAUCGAAUUCGACGAGAAACCUAGGUCCCGAACACAAUUACAAUUCAAAUUUUAAUACGAAAGACGAUAGACCUAAAAAUAAAAAAUUAGUUUACGCAGAUUUAGCUUUAGGUAAUCAUAAUUUAAAAUUUAAGAAUACAGUCAAUUCAAAUAGACAUUUGUACGAUACAUAUACUAUAGGUAGCGUCGAUAACCCUAAUGAAGAUACUAACAGUAGUCAUAAAAGUAACGUAUCUAGUAGCCAAAGAAAAAGUAGUCAACAGAGAAGCGACUACGCGACUCUGAAGUUCAAUGAGAUCGACGUGUAGAGGAACGCUUUGCCAAGAGCAACACGUAC